ACACAUUGCCUGUUUCCCUGAAGCUAAGUCCAAGCUGCCUUCUCACUGCAAAUGGACAGUUUGUCAAAGAUGAGGCUAGACGGAGCAGCUUCUUGCUAUCUCAACUAUGGAAGGCCAGCUUUGUGCUAACUUGGAGAUUUCUGUGAAAAAGCCUGCAGGAGCAAGUCCUCCAUCCUUCAUUGCUUUGUUGAAGGUAUACAGAGAACUUCUGGUCAGUAGAAUCCGAAACACGCAGUGUUUGAUUGACAACUUGAUUAAGAAUGACUACUUCUCCACUGAAGAUGCAGAGAUUGUUGUCCAGUUUCCAACUCAAGCAGACCAGGUUCGCAAAAUUCUAGACUUGGUUCAGAGCAAGGGAGAAGAAGUCUCAGAAUAUUUCAUCUGUGUCCUGCAGAAAGUCACUGAUGCUUACUAUGAACUUCAGCCUUGGCUGGAUGAAAUAGGUUACGAGCCUUCAGAGAAUAUUUGUAGUAAGCCUGUGGUAAAUACAGAUCCAGUUAGCAGGUAUUGCCAGAAACUCAGAUAUGAACUGGGACGGGACUCCAAGUUUGUUAUGUCAUACGCUCAGAGGGAAGAGAUGCUGCUUGAAGAAAUCUACUCUAACAGUAUUAUGGAGCUGGUCAGUUUUACCAAUGAGAGUCUAGGCAAAGUGUGUCAAUUAGAAGCUCUUUUUGAUGAUGCAGUUGGGCUAAUUAAUGAAGAUGGAGAGACUAUUUAUGUCUUUGGUGAUGCUGGAAUUGGAAAAUCCAUCUUGCUGCAAAAGAUACAAAGCCUUUGGGCCAGAAAAGGACUGGACAUAGGGGCGAAAUUUUUCUUCCGUUUCCGAUGUAGGAUGUUUAGUUGCUUUAAGGAAGAUGAAGCCAUAUGUUUGAAAGACCUACUCUUCAAAUAUAAUUGCUACCCAGACCAGGACCCUACAGAGGUAUUCCAUCACAUCUUGCAAUUCCCUCAUACAGUUCUUUUCACAUUUGAUGGCUUCGAUGAGAUCUAUUCCAACUUUGAUCUCAGUAGUGUUCCUGAGAUGUGUUCACCUGAUGAACCCGUCCAUCCCCUGGUGCUGCUGGUAAGCCUUCUCAGAGGAAAGCUUCUUAAGGGAGCCAAGAAAAUUCUUACAGCAAGGACAGGAACUGAGAUCCAAAGAAACAUCAUUAGAAAAAAAGUGUUGCUCCGUGGUUUCUCCAGCGAUAACCUAAAGGAAUACAUGGCCAUGUUUUUCAAAGAUGAGAGGCAACGAACACUGGUGUUGAACCAGCUGGAAGCUAACCCCAGUCUCUGCAGUUUGUGUUCAGUGCCUUUAUUUUGUUGGAUUAUCUUUAAAUGCUAUGAACAUUUCCAUGCCAUGUUCGACAGCCAUGAGCUUCCAGACUGUUCUGUUACAUUGACAGAUGUAUUUUUGCUCAUGAUUGAAGUGCAUCUGAACCGAUCUCUGAAAACAAGUUUGCUGAAGAACAACACCAGGAGCCAAGCAGAGACGUUCAAAUCAAGAAAGGAAACUCUUCUAGCUUUGGGUAAAAUGGCAUACAAAGGGAUGAAGAACUCUUUCUUUAUCUUUGAGCAGGAGGAGGUUUCAUCAGUGAGCAUCUCUGAAGAAGAUUUGCAGUUGGGCUUUCUCAGGACAGUUAAAGGUUACAGUGGCUGUGACAGUCAGUCCACUUACGAGUUCUUACACUUAACCCUUCAGUCUUUUUUCACAGCUUUGUUCCUGGUUAUUGAAGAGAAAGUGGGUGCCAAGGAGUUACUUCAGUUUUUCAAUGGAUGUUCUUCCACUGAGACUGCCCAGCCUACUUGCCUUCGUAUUCCCUGGUUGAAGAAACAACUAGCAGGGGAGGAUCCUUUUCGAAAUAAUGAACACUUUCAUUUUACCAACCUGUUUCUUUGUGGCCUGCUUUCUAGAUCCAAGCAGAAGCUCUUCAGACAUUUAGUUUUGCCUGCAGUCGUUAAGAGGAAGAUAAAGACACUCAUCACAUACCUUGGGGAGAGCAUGAAAUCCCACCUGAAGGGCCUCACUCGGUCCAGGCUUUCAAACUACAAUCAGAUCCAGGUCCAGCCCAACUUCGUUUGGAUGCUGAGAUGCCUUUACGAGACUCGGAGUGAGAAAGUAGCGAAGUUGGCUGCCAAACGUAUGCAAGCCAAUUACAUCAAGCUGACGUACUGCAAUGCCUACUCUGCUGACUGCAGUGCUGUUUCCUUUGUUGUGCAUCACUUCCAAAAGCACCUGGCUCUAGAUUUGGACAACAACAAUAUCAAUGACUAUGGAGUAAAACAGCUGCUACCUUGUUUCAGCAAGCUUGCAGUGAUCAGGCUCAGUGUAAAUCAGAUCACAGAUCACGGAGUAAGGAUCUUAUAUGAAGAACUCUCAAAGUACCAAAUUGUGACUUUCCUAGGCUUAUACAACAACCAAAUCACUGAUGUUGGAGCCAAAUAUGUUGCAAAACUAAUUGAAGAGUGUUCAAGUCUUGAAUACGUUAAAAUAGGAGCAAACAAAAUAACUAGUGAAGGAGGAAAGUGCCUUGCCCAGGCCAUCCAGAAGAGCAAGACAAUGUUUGAAAUUGGGAUGUGGGGUAAUCAAGUUGGAGACGAAGGAGCAAAGGCAUUUGCAGAGGCCCUGAGGAACCACCCCAGGUUAACAAACGUGAGUCUUGCAUUCAAUGGCAUCACGACAGAGGGAGGCAAAAGUAUUGCUGAAGCUAUGCAGCACAACAACUCAGUGAAAAUAUUCUGGUUGACUAAAAAUGAGCUGGAUGAUGAGGCAGCAAUGAGUUUUGCAGAGAUGCUGAAGGUCAACAAGAAACUGGUGCAUUUAUGGCUUAUCCAGAAUCAAAUUACAGCCAAAGGGGUGAAGUACCUCUGCGAAGCUCUGAAGGAGAACACAGCUAUUAAAGAAGUCUGUUUGAAUGGGAACCUGAUAAGCCAAGAAGAGGCCAAAGCUUUUGAAAAUGAAGAACGGAUCAUUUGCUUUUGAAUGAGGACUUUCCCAUUUUGACAAGCUUCGUGUUACAAAGGUUAUUUCUGCACUUGGACCGCAGAGUUUAUACAGGUGUAAAUCUGCAGUGCUUAUGGCAGGAGAGAGAUACACGAUUAGCUGCCUUGUUAUAAACGUGCUGUGCUCCCUCAGCUCCAUCCCUUACCCUUCCUGAUUCUUAAUCCUUUUUGGUGAAUGGGAAGUUGCCUGGGUAAAUAAUUAAUGUUUGUAUGGGGCUUUGAAGAUGAAAUGCAAAGUGUUAACAGACCAAAUCCACUGGCAGGUGUAUGCAUUUUGAUAGCUGUUUAGAUUUAUUCUGUACGCUGGUGUAAAUAAUCUCUAACUUAUAUAU